UAGAAAAUGGCUAAAGGCCAAAUGCUGCAACAAUAUAAAUAAAGGAAGCAGGCUUGUUAGAAUUAAUUGUAUAACUACUAAAGAUGCAGUGGCUCGCUGUGUGUGCCGGGAUUCUCCUAUUCAUCUGUUCUACCAGAGCUGAUGCAGUCUGUACUGUACCAGAUGUUAAGAAGGGAUUGGUUAGUGCCUUGGAGCUGGACUUAGCACAUACUGUGGCACCAUGUAUUGCACCAGACCCAAGUGUCCUACUAGCAUUGACUCUAGGAAAAAACUUCAACAGCAAAGCCAUCAAAAUGUUAAAAGAACAACUUGUGGAAGAUGCAGUGAAAAAAGUUCAGCAGGGUUUGACCUUCACGUCAGGAAAGGUUGCACUCUAUGUCCUCGCUCUCCGUUCUACCUGCUUUGAUCCCACUAAUCUACCUUGUUCCAGCGGAAAAAUUGAUCUUGUUCAAGUUCUUAAAAGGAAAACCCAAGAUGAGAUAACAAACAUAAAAAAAAAAGGCUCUCCGCUGACCACCUACUAUCAGGUGUCUCUUGAUGUUCUGGCUCUGUGUGUGAUGUCUAGCCCUGAAGCUUUUCAGGCUGGGGAAGCACUGGCUAAAUAUAUUCCAAAAGAUCCUGGUGUUGAUACAGCAGCUGUGGCAGUGAUGGCAUGUACCUGUGUCCUUGGGAUGGACUCUCUUACUAGUAAGACGAUGCAAGCAUUGAAGUUGACUCUUUCACAGCUUAUCACUUUGAUUCUAAAAGCACAGAAGCCUGAUGGAACCAUUGGGAAUAUAUACAGCACUGGCUUAGCUGGGCAGGCUCUGACAGCAGCACAAGCCUAUUACCCCAAAGGGGGAUGGAAAUGCUCCACUACAAUGGAUAAAGUCUUGAGUGAGAUACCCAAGAACACCUUUUCCCUGCCAGGUCCUGCCUCUCAAGUUUUACCUUUCUUGCAGGGUAAAAGUUAUGUGAGUGUGAAGGGGAUGCUGUGUGCUCAUGUUCCUUCCAUCACAGUUGAAUUCACCAUAUUAAAUGACCUGACUGGAGAAAACUUUAAAUACUCUACAGAGGUUUCAGGACCAGAAGGUUCUACGCUGCUGCAGGUCAUGGAGAAAGCUGCAGCGAACAACCCAAAAGAUUUCAGUUUCACGACAGAGCAAAGCUCGUUUGGCGCUUAUGUGACUUCAAUUAAUCAUCUUUAUGGAAGCACAAAUGAAAGGACGUACUGGCAGUUUUUAAGUGGACAUGUCCCCUUAGACAAAGGUGUUAGUACGUACAUACCAGUGAAUGAAGAGCACAUCCUAGCCAUCUUCAGCAAAUACUGAUUAUCUACUGCUUGUUCUGCUGGAUAUUUUAUCCUGUCUGUUUGUUAUCUGUGAUCUCUCUCUAUCAUCUCCCUCAUACCCUAAGAUAUGCUACACUGUCCUGAAAAAAUAUUUUUAUUUGUUAACAAAUACGUUAAUAUUUCUUGAAGUUUUUGGAUUGUUAUUUGUUGAACGCGAUUCUCCACCUUUAUCUUGUGAUGAGAUUGUGUUUAAACUGAACCAACAAUAAAAAACAACUGUGAAUAAUGUAAAAA